GCGCUCUCCGCCCCAAUCCGUUCUCCUCCCGGCUUUUUUUUUCCUGGCGGGCUGCGCGUGAAAAACUGACAUGAUGACAUCCCCCCGCCAGUGCCCGCCUUCCCGGUGCCUGUUCAAAUAGCAAUGCCCUAAAAACCUCCGGCCGCCGAGCCCGGAUCCACACCACAGCCCUCAUCCCGGGAAGAGAAGGAAGGAAGGAAGGCAGGAAAGAAGGGAGAAGCCCCCUCCCCUUCCCCACAUUUCAGACUCUUCGGGAGAGCCCCCUUGGCUGAGGAUGGCAGAGGCUGGGGAGCCGCCGGGGCCCCCCCUUUAAGGCCUUUCUCUUCGGGGCCCGCGGGGCCAGAGGCGGACAGGAGCCUCCCCAGGAUGCCGCCCCACCUGGCGCUGCUGCUGGGCUUGCUCUCGGCGGCACUGGGGCUGCUUUGGCCCGCGGCGGCGGCGGCAGUGGCGAGACCGGAGCCCAGCAGAAGGCGGCAGCAGCUCCAGCAGCUCUUGGACCCCGGGCGGUGCGAGUUGCCCCGAGCGCAAAAAGAAUUGAACUCUUUCCUCUGGACAAUCCGGAGAGACCCUCCUGCCUAUCUCUUUGGUACCAUCCAUGUGCCUUACACUCGUGUGUGGGACUUUAUCCCAGAGAACUCCAAGGCUGCUUUUCAGACCAGCUCCAAUGUGUACUUUGAGUUGGAUCUCACUGACCCUUACACCAUCUCUGGCCUGGCCAGCUGCCAGCUGCUGCCUCACGGGGAGAACUUGCAAAAUGUGCUUCCCCGGGACCUUUAUCACCGGCUCAAGCGCCACCUUGAGUAUGUCAAGUUGAUGCUGCCCCACUGGAUGACCCCAGACCAAAGGGGCAAAGGGCUUUAUGCUGAUUACCUCUUCAAUGCUAUUGCUGGAAACUGGGAACGCAAGCGUCCUGUCUGGGUGAUGCUGAUGGUCAACUCUCUCACUGAAACGGACAUCCGCUCUCGGGGUGUUCCUGUACUGGACCUCUAUUUGGCUCAGGAAGCAGAGAGGAUGAAGAAAAGGACAGGAGCUGUGGAGAGAGUGGAAGAGCAAUGCCAUCCUCUGAAUGGGCUGAACUUCUCCCAGGUGCUGUUCGCUUUGAACCAAACACUAAUACAGCAUGAAAGUCUUCGAGCAGGCAGCUUACAGGCCCCGUACACCACUGAAGAUCUUAUCAAGCACUACAACUGUGGAGAUCUCAAUGCUGUCAUAUUCAAUCAUGAUACUUCACAGCUCCCAAACUUCAUCAACACUACUCUCCCUCCACAUGAGCAGGUGACAGCACAAGAAAUUGACAGUUAUUUCCGGCAGGAACUCAUCUACAAGAGGAAUGAAAGAAUGGGGAAAAGAGUGAUGGCUCUCUUAAGAGACAACAGUGACAAGAGUUUCUUCUUUGCCUUUGGAGCAGGUCACUUCCUGGGCAACAACACAGUUAUUGAUGUGCUAAGACAAGCUGGAUUUGAAGUGGAACAUAUACCUGCAGGACAACCAAUAGAAAAGACAAACAUCAAUCCCUCCUCAAGAGGUUCCUAUGCAACAGCUGCACCUACUCUACAGUUUUUUGAACACCCACCUGCUUCUUCAAUUCUUCCUGGUUCCAGUGAAGAAGACAGCAUUUCUCCACACCUUCUUCUCCCAGACAGCAUCAGUCAGCUGGAGGAGUUUGGACGGCAAAAGAAGUGGCACAAGAAGCAGUAUAAAAACCACCGCCAAAGACAGUUCAAUGACUUAUGGGUCCGAAUAGAAGAUGGCACAACAAGCAUGCCUUCGUACAUCAGGACAACCAAUAGCUAUAUCCCAGUUAACCCGUCCAUUUGGUUUUCAAGCCAGCCGGAGCAGCAGCCACAUCCAGAUCUUGCAUUCCGCCAACAACCUGAAAGCUCAGCUAUUGGCCGUAUCAUAGCAUCACCCUUAACUAUUUCUAUCUGUGUGACAAUGGCUCCUUUUCUGCUGGAUCUACUGAAUCCUUCUUGACAAAGCAAGAAUUCUUAAGUGCAAUAUCCGGAAAAGAGAAGAAGGAUAGUAUGAUUAAAUUUGUUCCUAAUGAAUGGUUUCACCUAAGCCUUCCAAGUCAAGGAGCAAUAAGCACCUCAAACUGGUAUACAUCUCUCUUUUGGCCAGAUAUUAUUUUGAAACUCUAAAGCUUUAUUUUAUACACUGACUUAACAUCUUCUUUUUGUAGAAGGAUCUUUAUUUCCCAUACUGCUAUGGGGGGUUUUGUAAUAUAUAUAUAUAUUUAUAUAAAUAUAUAUAUAAAAGAAAAAUAGUGUAUUUAUUCAAUCGAUAAACUUAUUUUUGUCAUUGCAGAAUGUUAUCCCUGUUCAAAAGUAGCUGCAAAGUUGCAAAUUACAUUGCUAGAUUAUUAAUAAACAUUAAUAAUAGCUGAAUUAUUAUUAAGAUGGCAUAAUAUUGAGACAAUUCAAACUUGGAAUUUUCUCCUGAAUCAUAUUUUCAAGGGCUUCUUAAUUCAGCUCAUGUGGCAUAAAACAAAGAUCAUUUCAAGUUUCCAUUCACAUUUCUCAUUCCCACAAUGACAGGAAAAGAGGAAAUUGACACGGUUUUCACCUCUGGAGCAGAAUUCAUGAUCAAUAAUGAGGUCUACUUUAGAUAGAUCAGUCAGAGGACUGUGACACGAUGAUGCUGUGCUAUAUCACUUGUUGACAUAUAGGCCUUCCAGUAUAUAUCUGAAAUUCUGUGAAUGUGAAAAUCAUAUGCCUGAUGUGUAAUAAGAAAUAAUUAUAAGGGGGUCUAUUUUCCCAAUUUCUAUGGCAUUACCACAUAUUGCCUUGUUGAUUAAAAUUUUCCUGUGCAAUUAUAA